AAACGAGCACCUACCCAACCGCCGCCGCCAAAAUAUCUGACGUCCUAACGCGUAACCGUUUUGUCGUCGUCGUGCAACGAGUCAAAGGCUUCAUUCUCUCUGUAACAAUCCAACGUUAAAGGACAACUGUCUUAGUAAUUUGCUCGAGUGAAUUCAAUAUUUUUUCGUUUCUUUACGUAUUUAGAUAAAAGUAAUCUCAUAAAUACAGUGAAAAGAUGUCGGGACGCGGUAAGGGCGGCAAGACUAAGGGAAAAGCAAAGACCCGUAGCAGUAGGGCAGGGCUACAGUUCCCGGUCGGAAGAAUCCAUCGUCUUCUGAGAAAAGGAAAUUAUGCUGAACGCGUCGGUGCCGGUGCACCAGUUUAUCUCGCCGCCGUUAUGGAAUAUUUGGCGGCUGAAGUACUUGAAUUGGCCGGGAAUGCCGCAAGGGACAACAAAAAGACAAGGAUAAUCCCACGUCAUCUACAGCUAGCAAUUCGUAAUGAUGAAGAAUUAAACAAACUUCUGUCUGGUGUUACCAUUGCUCAAGGUGGCGUUCUGCCCAAUAUCCAAGCUGUUCUCCUACCGAAAAAGACUGGCACUGGAGGAUCUGGAAAGGGAGACAAAGCUUCUCAAGAAUAUUAGAUUAAACAUUUAUAACUUAUCAGUAUAUUAGGAAUGCGUCUUAUUCCGGAAACCUGAAAUGUUCACAAGCACAAUGUAUUUGAACAAUUACACUGUGCAAAUCGAAUACAUUCGAGUUAUAAAUAUUGACGAUGUAGCGAACAGUUUCUUAAUUUUUAUUUAAAUAAUAUUAUAUGAUAAAUCAAACAAUUUAAUUGACCGUGUUGACUAUGCUCCUAGAGGGAUAAUCUGUAUCACAUCCGUAUAAUCCAUAUUUAAUUAGAAAUCUUUUAA